AUGGACUCAUUUUUAAUAGCCCUAUUAAUUGCAUAUAUCAUUUCAUUAUUAUUUCACAUUAAUCCAUGGCUACGACUGUGCUGGGUGGCCUGCCUAAUCAUAAGUUUUAUAGGCAACUACUGGCAUCCAAUACGAAUAUUCUGGUUAACAUUACCCCGAGAUCUAAAAACUACAAAACUAUUGCCUGCUAAGUUUUUCCUGUAUAAAUGCAAACGACAUAACAAAUCGGUGCCAAAAGUAUUCAAAGAAAUAGCUUUUAAAUACCCGAAUCGAGUCAUGUUUUACUAUAGGGACGACGUGUGGACUUUCGCUCAAAUCGAUAAUUUUUCAAAUAGGGUGACCAACUGUUUCUUGGAAAUGGGUUAUGGAAAGGGUGAUCACGUGGCACUCAUGAUGGACAACCGACCAGAGUUUGUGGGCCUAUGGCUCGGUCUAUCUAAGGUCGGCAUCAUAUCAGUCCUAAUUAACACCAGUCAACGCAUGGAAACGCUCAUACAUUCCCUAACUGUAAUCAAAUGUAGGGCCUUGAUAUAUGAACCAGAGUUUGCAAACUCAAUUCGAGAUGUAAUUAACAAGGUGAAAAAUAUAAACCCAUUGAUGGAAUAUUAUAUAUACAGUGAUCAUGUGAUAGCUGAUGAUAACCGGGAUAUUCCUUCAGAACCAUUGCACCAACUUUUAGACAUAUCCUCCAAUAAAUACCUUGAUACUCUAUAUGAUAUCAACUUUGGUGAUACCCUGUUUUAUAUCUUCACGUCGGGAACUACAGGUCUACCCAAAGCUGCCGCCAUUAGGCACCACAGGUUUCUAUGGAUGGGAGCACUCAUUAGGUCGACCAUUGGGAUAGGCCUACGCGACAAUAUCUACAUAACUCUGCCCCUCUAUCACACAAACGCGGGGGUUGUUGGCAUCGCUCAGACCGUCCUAUUUGGCACUACCGUAACACUGGGCCGGAAGUUCUCGGCCACACAUUUCUGGGACGACUGUAUUAGAUAUAAAUGCACUGUUGCUAUGUAUAUCGGUGAGAUAUGCCGGUACCUAUUAGCUCAGCCGGAUAAGCCGGUGGACAGACAGCACAACCUUCGCAUUAUGUUUGGCAACGGUUUGCGACAAAAUUUAUGGACAGACUUUAAGACCCGGUUUAAUAUCAAACAGAUCAUCGAGUUUUAUGGGUCGACCGAAGGGAACUCCGGUGUGGCCAACAUCACCGGCAAAGUGGGCGCCUGUGGUUUCCUACCACGUUGUAUACCACCCUGGUUAUGUCAACUCAUAUUCCCAGUGGUUGUAGUUAAAGUGGAUCCAAACACUCGGGAACCCGUACGGGACGAGAACGGUAUCUGUGUUCCCGUAGAGAUGGGAGAAAUUGGCGAAAUAGUGGGUGUAGUUCGUGGAACUGACCCCUCCCGGGCCUACGCUAGCUAUCAUGAUAGCGAGGCCACUGCGAAAAAAAUUGUGCGCAAUGUGUUAGCACCGGGAGAUGUAGGGUACAGGUCAGGGGACCUCAUGGAAAUGGAUGAGUUGGGCUACUUGUACUUCAGGGAUAGGAUGGGAGAUACAUUCAGGUGGAAAGGAGAAAACGUAUCGACGACUGAAGUGGAGGCUAUCAUUCAGAAAGCCGUUGGUCUGACCGACUGUGCGGUAUUUGGCGUCCCUAUAGACAACUGCGAGGGAAAGGCAGGUAUGGUUGUCAUAGCUCGACUACCUAAUGCUCCCAUAGAUAUGAAAAAGUUAUAUAAAACACUAUGUCAUGAGCUACCCUCAUAUGCCGUUCCCGUGUUUGUACGACUGGCCGAUAACAUAGCAGUGACCGCAACGUAUAAACUGAAUAAACAAGGCUUAGAAAAGAUAGGCUUUGAUCCCAAUGUAAUUACCGACGAGUUGUAUGUUUUGGACAAAAUCUGCGAAAGUUAUGUCGAAUUAACGCAUAGACUUUACCGACAAAUACAAUGUGGAUAUGUUUUGCUAUAA